AUGAUGGUUCAUUUAUUCCUUCCUCUGUUCAACGGUCUUAAUUUGUUAAUGCUACCCAAGGCUGCAGCUUUCUCUCUGUCUCACCAAGAGUACCCCACACCUUCGCUACCCGUAAAUUCUCUCCCUCUAAAUAAACUUUGUUGUAAGACUGAAUUUUUUGUCAUAUUGUUACGUAAAGAGAAACCACACUCUAUGCUAUAUAGGGCACUCAUAAAUGGGUCUAACAAAAUUAAUUUUCAAGAAAUUAACAUAACUUACUGUUUGCUCCUAAUUUUCAAGAAAGACAAGUUGUUGUAUAGCUUGCUUUUGCAUUUUGAUUUGAAGUUACUCCUAAUGAGUUUUGUGUUUGAGGUGGUGGUUUUGAGAGAAAUGGGUAGUGAUGGUGUUGAUCCUGCUUCUGCUUACUUUCUCAGUCGUGUUUUACCAAUCACCUUCAUAUGUGUAUGUAUAAGAUUUUGGAGAACUCCCUAG